AUGCACGACGGGAAGUGUAGUCUUUAUUUUGUUGUACUCUCCGAGAAAGAUAGCCACGCCCCCUUCCUUGCCGCGGUCUCUGGUCAGACAAAAGAGGGCCCGCUCCAACUCUCCCGACAUGCUUUGCUUUCUCGGAGUGGGCGUGGCACGAAGGGAAGGAGUGGGCGGGGCCCCGUCGCUCCCCAUUGGUCCAAGGUGUGGGAAUGGAAGCCUGGCGGCAUGGCCGCUGCGACGAGAGAAGGAGGAGGCGGGAAGGGGCAUAAAGACUGCAUUUUGGAGUCACUCUCUCUGCCAGAAAACCCAGGUGGCAUUUCUGCUGUAGAAGAAUCUCCAUCUGUGACUUGUAUAUUCUGUGAAGAAUGUUCUCCAGUUUCAGAACAAAACCAGCUUCUGAAGCACAUGAUUAUAGAGCAUAAGCUUGUCAUAGCAGACAUCAAGCUCGUUGCUGAUUUCAGGAGAUAUGUGCAGUACUGGAAGAAAAGAUUUGCAGAGCAGCCGGUUACAGACUUCUGUCCUGUAAUAAGAACAAAUUCUGAAGCACCUCUAGAGGACCAGGACAAUUAUUUUCUUUUAUGUGAUGCUUUGCCUGAAGAUAGAGAACUGAGGGAGAAGCUCCAACAGCAGAGACUGAGAGAGAUUCUGGAGCAGCAGCAGCAAGAACGAUAUGAUGCAGAAUUCCAUGGUAUAUGUAUGUUCUGCGACAAAGAAUUCACUGGUAACAGGUCAAUCCUUCUCAAUCACAUGGCAAAUGAUCAUGCAUUCAAUAUUGGAUUGCCAGACAACAUUGUAAACUGUAAGGAAUUUUUGGAUCUUCUACAGAAGAAACUUGACAGUUUGCAGUGCUUAUACUGUGAAAAGAUAUUUCGGGAUAAGAACACACUCAAGGAUCACAUGAGAAAGAAGCAACAUCGCAGAAUCAAUGCCAAAAAUAGAGAAUAUGACAGAUUUUAUAUUAUUAAUUAUCUGGAAUUUGGAAAGUCCUGGGAAGAAGUUCAAUCAGAAGAUGACCGUGAAUUGUUGCCCAACCAGGAAGAAGACUGGUCUGACUGGGAGGAGCAUCCUGUUUGUGCAGUCUGCCUCUUCUGUGAGAAGCAGACAGACACCACAGAAAAGCUUUAUGUUCACAUGAAGGAGGCUCAUGGAUUUGACCUGUUAAAAAUUAAGUCCGAGCAUGGUUUGAAUUUCUAUCAGCAAGUGAAAGUGGUGAACUUCAUUAGGAGAGAGAUCCAUCAGUGUCAAUGUUACAUUUGCCAGGAAAAAUUCCCAUCAAAAAAGGACUUGGUGCAUCAUAUGGAAGAAACCAAACAUAUAACAGCACUGUCUGCCCGAUCUAUGUGGGACCAACCACAGUAUUAUUUUCCUACCUAUGAAAACGAUACCCUUCUCUGUACACUUUUGGACAGUGAGGAUGAACUGCCAUCUGGGAAGCCAAAAGAGGAUAUACCUGUCAUUAGUGAGGACAUUUCGAUUAUAGAGGCUUUGAAACAGAGCAGUGUGUUAAAUCAGCUUCUUCGUGAGGUGAUGAAUAAUGAAGGACCUGGAAAUUGAGCGUAUUUUCUCUUUUUGAUAUGGAAACAAUUACCUUACAGCAGUGGAAGACUGAUUUGGUAAUUUACCAGUGUAAUCUGAGUCAGUGACUAUAAUAAAUCAAAUUCAUUGAGAA